AUGCCCGAAAUCACCCGCACCUUCAACAACCCCUUAGCCUCCCAUCAAGCCCGGCACCACCACGACCUGCGCGGCACCGGCGAACAAGACCCCUCGGGCGGGCAGACGCGGGCCGAGCACGAAGCCGACAAGCCCAAGCACCCCUUUGACGAAGCCCUCCGACCGUCGCACGUGUUGGGCGCAGAGAAGAACAUGGGCGCACCCGAGAAGCUGGAUGCCAAGGCGCAGAAGGAAGGCGGGGCACUGAGCGGUGCAGGGUUGAAGGACACGCUGGACAUGAUGGCGACGGAGGAAUACAAUCCGUAUAGGGAGGGCAAGAAAAAUCCGCGGUUGCAGGAAGGGUUGCCGCGGGGAGUGGGAGGGUUGGAAGGGAAAAAGACGGAACUGGAGGGGGCAGGAGAUUUAUUCCCCCCGACUUAUGACGAUGAAACACCGUGA